UUGAGCCCUGAUGCUGAGCUGGGUCAUCUAAUAAAAUUGAAUUGCCAAUGUAAUGCAUAUAAGUGUGUGACAUAAAUGACCGUUUUAUACGUCAGGGAGAAGAAAAAUCAUUCAGCUAUAGAUAGGAUGGGAAUGCAGACAGAGGGAAUGAGCACAGUGGACAUGAUCCAAGAUCACGUUGGGAGCUUAAAUAUACUAAGAACCAUUACAAAUAAAAUUCCAUUAUUAAUCUGCCUCACCCAUUGUCCAUUGUUGCUUCUCUUUCCAUUGACCCAAGAGCUCAAGAGAGCUGAGCCAAAAGAAUUCAAUGUAGAUUUACCGCAAAAGAUUAAAAUUGUGCUCUGUCUAUGUGUGUGCAUUGGUGCGUUUUGAUUAUUUUUCCCCUUUCCUUUCCUUUUUUUUUUUAAAUGUGCUGGGAGUUUGCUCUGCCAUCGCAUCUGCCCUUGUGUCAUGCGUAUUAGCAUUAGAGCAUGCCACAACACUGUGCCAAGGGUGUUCUUGCACAUUUAAUUACUUCACUAUUACACUCCAAAUUCAAUUUUAAGCUCUUGCCAAAUAGGAGCGGUGGUGAAUGUCAUAGUGCAUGCGGACCCCAAGAUUUAAGGGGCACAGCCGUCCUCCAGGAGAUGACAUUUUACUGAUAUACCUAAGGACGGGGAGUAAGCAAGGCAGGGUAAAGGGAGAGAGAAAGACAUUGAAGCACAAAAAAAUGGUGAUGGGAAAUAAACGAGUCAGAGAGAAAUAAGCUGCAAGGGAGAGAGGGAGAGAGCGAGAGAGAGAGAAAGAGAGAGAGAGAGUUUUAGUAUCCCACACUGGCUGUGUGACUGGCAGUAAGCUCUGUGUUCUGAUCCGGCCCCACUGAUGGGGUUUCAUGCUUGUAGGCAGUGUUGAUGAUUUGGAAAGCAACAUAGGUUUCCAAGCCUCAUCUUGAAAAAAAAAUGACCUUAUUGGCCAACCAAAUGACAAUAAGAACAUCUCAUCUCAGCUUCAAUGACAGCUAAUGGAGCCUGAACAAGGGUCAGUCACAAGAACCCAAAAGGGGAGAUAAAAACAAAAACAAAACAGGACGGCGAACUCAAGUGCUCAAAGGACACCUGGCAGAUAUGACAGUGAUACUGGUGUGUUGCCUUCUCUCCCUCCUCUCUCUGUCACGUGCCUGUCCCAAAGAGUGCAGCUGCAACACAAACACCAAAGCUGUGGACUGCCGGGGUCGAGGCCUGUACGACAUUCCCCGACGAUUACAUCCAGACACCCAAGAAUUAUAUCUCCAAGACAAUCGCAUCAGGGGCCUCGGAUCGAUGGCUUUUCGAGAAAUACCCUUGGUUCGCGUUCUCAAUCUAUCAAAUAAUUCCAUAACAUCCGUUUCUCCAACUGCUCUUCUGGGGCUCCGAACGCUUCAACAUCUCAGUCUUGCCCACAACAGCCUGAGAGAGCUCGAUAAGAGGUUGUUUGGACCCAUUCACUCACUGUCACACCUUGACCUUUCACACAACAGCCUGUGGGGUUUGUCCGGAGCCAUGGGAGAACAUUUGAGGAACCUGAGCCACCUGGGGCUCGCCCACAACAGGCUAACACGAUUAGACCGAUCGGUGCUGGAGGCCUUGGCCCACCUUGACAGUCUCACACUACGAGGCAACCCGUGGAAGUGUGACUGCCACCUUAUAGGCCUCAAACUGUGGCUGGAGACCUACCUCUUCAAAGGUGGAGUGGUGGAUGAGGUGCUUUGCAGCCAGCCCAUAGAAAUGAGAGACAGAGAUCUGCAGAAGGUCCCUUACCAGCUCUUUCAUGCCUGCAUGACCACGAGCUACCAUUACUUGUUUGCCAACAUUCAUCAUCUGGAAUCGGAGAGGCUGCUGCGAGGCCACAUGCAUGGCAACCAUGCUCAUCCUUCAAGCCAUGCGCUCCAUGUCCCCAUGGCAAUGGGGGAGGGCUUCGGUGGCGGAGGGGUGAAUAUCCCAGAGUGUGAGACGAAGCAACGGCAGCGGCCGGUCAACCUACGCCACGCGAUCGCCACAGUCAUCAUCACCGGCGUCGUGUGCGGCAUCGUGUGUCUGAUGAUGCUGGCUGCAGCAGUAUAUGGUUGCGCCUAUGCCGCCAUCAUGGCCAAAUAUCAGCGGGAGCUGAAGAAAAACGAGGAGCUGGCAGCGGCCCGUGCGGCCGAUCAUGCCAGGCUAGAUGAGAAGGAACCACUGGAGAAUGCCAUUGCCUAAAAGAUGACGACACAAACUUCAAACUUGGGCUUCAGCCCUUUAACCUCGUCACCGCGGGACGACAUAUUUGUGUGGAUCUGCUGUGAGGGGAAGAAGAGUGUGAAAAUUAGUCACGUUCGUGUGACUUGACAUUUUCUGAAACUUAGGUAGCUAAUUAAAUUCCGCAGAUAUUUGACUAUGCACUGAAAAGAACUGGAACUCUAUGCCAAUUCAAUGGGGAAGGCCAAAGUGUUACGAUGAGUAUAUUCCAUUUUUUGUGAUACAGUCAUAUCACAGAUACAGUA